AUGCUGGGGGCCAAGCUUGUCCAGCUUCAGUCAGGCCAAAGCGAGGACCGAGAUGAAGUGAUCACUGUUGAUGAUGCAGAGCCGCCGCUGAAAGCGAAGUCACUGCAGUUGGUGGGCUGGCUUGUUGGGACGCGGCUCCCUAUGGUGCCCCUUGACUUACCGAAGGACCUAUGCUGGCAGCCUUCGAAACUCAAAAGCAAACAGCUUCAUUGUCGCCAAGUCCAGCGAACCCCUGGGCCUGGGGUGGUGGAUGUCGAAGGUGAGACGGCAGCUUUGCAAAGAGAUCCAGUGGAGAAUGGCGCAGAG